GAUAACUACGGAUCCGUAUCAUUCCUGAGUUUCAGUUUAGACGAUGAAAAUUGCAGAUACAGCAAGAAGGUGUUAUAAUUAUACUUAAAGAUAACAGUUCGUGCCUUUAACCUACUGUGUAACAUACGCGUUGAUACGCGUCUACAAAAUGUUUGAAAACAUAAAUACCGAACUAUUACCAAUAAAAGCCCAUUAUUUUUUAUUCAAUGCUGCCACUGGACCAAUAGUGCCAUUUUUACCAACAAUCGCCAAGCAAUUAGGUUUUUCUGGCUUUUUAGUGGGCACAAUAUACACAAUACUACCAAUUUCAGGGUUGAUCGCUAAACCUUUGUUUGGUGGUUUAGCUGACAAGUUUAAGAUUCAUAAAACAUUAUUUUUAAUAUUUCAAAUAGUAGUUGCCAUAGCCAUGUUCACAAUACAUUUCAUUCCUGAAAUAGAUAAAAGUGCAAAUGUUGCUUUGACAUGCAAUGGUGAUGCAUCUUUAGAAAUCUGUUCGAAAAAUGGAUUCUCUGAUACUGUUAUUCAUAGUGUGAUAACAGAGAAGAAUCAUUUGAAUGUAUCGUGUCAGGUAUCCUGUAAAGCUAAUAAAGAUAUUUAUACUGAAAUAUGUAAUCAUUGGAAAGCAACACAAUUUUGUAAUUUAGCAAAUUCAAGUGUUAUUUCAGAUUCUGAAACAUUCAAGUUUAUUGCAGGAUUUGAUGAAUUUCAUGACCUUUAUAUAAAGAACUGUGUGGACAUUCGUAUCCUCAGUGCCACAUUCUCAGACAAUAUUGUACAUAAACCAGCCUGUGUAAAUUAUACUAGAACAACAUGUGUAACUACAUGCCACAAUAACCCAAGUUUUAAUCAGCUUUUGGAAGAAGCUGAUGUUUUUCACAAUACCACUCAAAGUUCGGCGUAUCAGUUUCAUUCAUUUUUGUGGGCAACUGUAAUCAGUUGGAUUGGAAUGUCAGUUGUAGUCACUGUAGCAGAUGCUAUAUGUUUCAAUCUCCUCGGAACUGAACGGAGAAAAGAGUAUGGAAAACAGAAAAUGUGGGGUAGUAUUGGCUUUGGUAUUUUUGGAAUCAGUGCAGGAUAUUUAGUAGAUGUGUUUAGCGAUGGAAAACAGAAAGAUUACACCUGUAUAUUUUAUAUCAUGUUGAUCACUAUGAUUUUAGACAUCGUAAUGUCAGCAACUUUGAAGAAGAAAAAUCCAGAAUGUUCUGAGGGUGAGCCAUCGAUAUUAUGGGAAUUGUUUGCUGUCUGUAAGGAGGGUAAUAUGUUGGCAUUUGGAUGGUGGUGUAUAGGUGCAGGAAUGUGCACCGGGAUUGUAUGGAAUUUCCUAUUUUGGUACACUGAAGAUUUAGCGACUAGUUCUCAAGUACCAUGGCUCAAAACCAUACAAGGCCUGUUGACUGGUGUACAAUGCUUUUUAGGGGAGCUACCGUUUAACUUUAUCUCAGGGAAUGUAUUACGAAAACUGGGCCAUGUGAAUGUUAUGAGUUUAGUUUUAUUAGUUUAUGCAAUUAGAUUUAUGGCAUACAGUACAGUAUCAAACCCCUGGUGGUUUUUAAUUAUUGAAGUACUUCAUGGACCUUCGUUGGGUCUCUGCUGGCCUACUAUGGUAUCAUAUGGUGAUAAAGUAACACCACCAGGCACUAAGGCCACUAUACAAGGAUUUAUUGGUGCUAUAUUUGAAGGAAUUGGAGUAUCAAGUGGCAGCUUAAUAUGUGGAUGGUUAAUGGACACUUACGGUGGUGUUACAACGUUCAGAGUAUUCUCUGUGGGUGCACUGCUCUGGUUAACUUUCUUUUGGCUAGUCCAAUUGUAUCUUCGAAAAGUUAAAGCUUCGCCGAUACAUAUGGGGCAUAAUCAUUUGGCAAAUUAUGCUAAUCCCGAUGAUGCAAUUCUUCUGACUAUGAGUCGCGAAUUGCAGACUUAUUAAUAAAAAGAC